AUGUGUUCCGACCGCGCUCCUCCUCCUCCCCCGGAAUCCAGCGUCAUUGAACCUGAUAACUUCAGCGACAAUGAUUCCACCUAUCCCGGCUCGCUGGGCGACGCCAGCUACACCACCAGCAUCACGUCCAGUGCCAUGAACUAUGCAUACCAUUCCUACCACGAGGGAGAAUACGUCCUGCCCAAUGAUGAACAAGAACAAGAUCGUCUCGACCUGAGCCACCACAUCUAUCGCAUGCUCUUCAAGGGAGAGCUGAACAGAGCGCCCAUCAAGAAUCCCGCGCGCGUACUAGACAUUGGAACCGGAACGGGAAUCUGGGCGAUCGACUAUGCCGACGAGCAUCCCGAGGCAGAAGUGAUCGGAAAUGAUCUCAGUCCAAUUCAACCGUCCUGGAUUCCGCCGAAUUGCCGAUUCGAAGUCGAUGAUUUUGAGCAACCGUGGUCCUACAGCAAACCUUUUGAUUAUAUCCACGGUCGGGAGCUAGAAGGCUGCGUUCGCGAUAUCGACAACCUCUAUCGCCAAGCUCUAGAAAAUCUGAAGCCGGGAGGAUGGAUGGAAAUGGCCUCCAUGGAGGUCAACACAUACUCGGACGACGAUACACAUUUAAGGGCCAAGAAUCUGCUAGAGGGUAUAGUCUAUAUGCAUGACUGCGCGCGGGAGUAUGGAAAAGACAUGACCAGUGUUCACAGCUGGAAGGAGAAGAUGGAAAAGGCUGGAUUCGUCAAUGUCCGGGAAGAGAUCUUUAAGCUCCCCCAAAGCCCCUGGCCGAAGGACCCCAAGAUGAAAGACCUCGGUCGCUAUCACCAAGUCAACAUGUUCGAGGCGCUGGGCCCGUACUGCUACGCGCUGUUCACGCGCGUGAUGGGCUGGGAAAGAACGGAGAUUGAAGUUUUUGUCGCCGGCAUGAAACAGGAGUUGCGCGACUUGAAUAACCAUUUGUACACGAAAGUGCACAUUGUGUACGGGCAGCGGCCGGAAUGA